AUUCUAGCAUCGUCACUGCCUUUAAGUUUAUAAUUUUUUUCACACAGUGACAUUGACAUAUAGAUACUACUGGCCCUAAGCAUAACUUAAUUUGUCCAUUCGAUUAAGUCUUUUCUUUCUUUCUUAUUUCCUUACCCCUUGUCCUUUUAUAGAGUGCCAGCGCUGAGAAUUUGAAUGCUUUUUCCAAAUGUUGACUUGUCAGCACAAACCAUCCCGUUCAUAAGGUCCCAUGGAAAGCAUUGCACCUUCUUAAAAAAAAAACAAGGGAGAGCCUCCCAUGUGGUCGAGUUUUUUUUUUACCAGAGAUAUUAUUCUAUGGCCUGGUACCAAAUAAAACACUCAAGUCGUUCUCGUAGAAGAGAAAACAUAAUUUACAAGCUACAAUUGAGUAAUUACGAUAGGCACGCGUACAUAGACCGUUUCCCCCGUAAGCUUAAGUGCAUGACGGAGACAUAUGGAGACUUUCCCUGUAAGCUACAUAUUAUUUUUCUUGUUCCUUUUUAUUAGAGGGCCAUUGCUGAAAACAACUUGUGUGCUUAAAAUUUUCAAGCUACUUCUUAUCACAAAGACCAUCCCAUAGCCUUACCAACCAAAGAUCAGCGGCGCCAUGGGUGCCUUCUGAAUCUAUCCAGGCACAGUUUUACUGCGGGCUAGAAGCUCCCAAGUGCAGAUUAUAUUUAAUUUGCUACCAGCCAGGCAUCAAAGGGGGGUCGUGUUUGAAUCGAUUGGGAAUUCGGAUUUCUUUUCAGAACUCUACGAUUGAGUUUAAUUUGAGUCAAUACCACCUAAUCCAGAAAUCUCCCCCUCGUCCAAAGGAGGCAUCAAGUUUAUCGAGCAGGGCAGCAAGCCGCAGAAGCUUACAACAUGGUGGAUGUUGGCUCUGUGAUUGCAUCCUUCUUCAUCAUGUUGAAACAGGACUUGUACGUCCUGAUCCGCAUCGAAUUAUUAGUUGCACUGGUCACGCUGCUGUUCCUUGUGAUGUUUGUCAUGGACUUUUACCGCUGCCGGUCUCGCAGCUCAAUCGUAACUACUAUAUUGAAGACCCUAGAUGGUCUUUCUGAUCACAUAGUGGUGUAUCUCCUAGGAGCGAUGCGAUCUGCGGAUUUCCACAAACAGCUGUUCCCGGUCUGGGCCAUCAUUCUGGUGAGCCUUCGUGCUAGCCUUGGCUACCUCUCAGGGUACAACAUUGCCGACCGUGAACGCCGGGUCACAGAAGUGUCAAAUGUGAUACAGUUCAUUGGGACAGGGGUCUUGAUUAGCACACCUGCCUUGAAGUUCACAAAGCCACUCUGGUCGCUCUGGGCCAUCCUAACACUGAGAAGCGUAUACAGAUUCUGGGCACACGGCGGAGCUGUCAAAUCAUUGUGGCAUGGCCGGAGUUCAGAGUUCCUCCCAGAGUACCUACGUGUGGGCAAGGAUGACCAACAUGACUGGAGAAACAACUUGGACAACGGUGAAAACUACCUGGUUUAUGGAGAGACUGAUCAGAAGAUCAAGAUAAAGAAGCCUGAGUACGUUUUACAGCUCAAUGUCACCAACCCAAAUUCACUGAUCACACUGGAUAAGGUUCGUGAUUGCUCUAAGCCAUUACUGAGCUCCAGCAUCAGCUCCAGAUACUAUGACAUGACCCUAGCCUUCUCACUGUCAAGGCUGCUUCGCUGUAGGAUCGAGGAUGUGCCGCUGCACCCAGAUAGCACCAUCAGGACACGGAAUCUAAUCACUUCACAUAUCAUUGGUGACCAAGACCAACAUGCAGAGUCUGAUAUGGACACAGCGAAAACGGCAACACGGACAUUCAAAAUCCUUGAAUUGGAGCUUGCGUUCAUCAGAGAUUACUUCUGCACCCUAUACCCUGUAGUCUUCUGGCGAGGACUUCUUUCCCUCUUUUUGAGCCUCCUCCAGUCCAUAGCAACCUUUGCUGUUGCAUUAUGGUUGGCCGUGGACAUCCGUAGUUUACUCAAGGAGAAGGAUGACGUUGAAAUCCGGGUUGGUGGAUUCAAUGUUGAUCUCAUCAUCACAUGGGUGUUCCUAUUCUUCAUGAUGUUCAAGGAGGUCUGGGAGAUGGUUACCUACCUGCUGUCAAACUGGACCAGAUUACUCCUCGUGUGCAAGUAUGUGCAAAACCAAUGCUGGCACAUAAUGGAUACUGGUCCCACAGAGUGUCUCAUAAGUUCAUUCUUCUCCUCUAAACUUGCCGACCCAUGGCAUGGACGCAUUGACCAGUACGAGUUUUUGCAGUCAUGUACUUACAAACCAACAUUCUGGAAAAUAGCCCACGCAAUUACCUUGGGAAAGACUCCACAGAAACUUGAUGGAAGGCGAUCUGGUAAUACCAUCAAGAUCCCUGAAUGUGUAAAGGUAGCUGUCCUUCAGGAACUCCGUCGCUUAGACCUCAACGGUCAACAGUUGCAGAGAGACGUUCGGUCACUAAGGUUUGGGAGGUACGAAUGGGCCCUGUUUAGGCUGACCAAAUGUUCUCAGUCGAUUCUAGUGUGGCACAUUGCAACCAGUCUCUGUGAGAUCAAACUUGCGCAAGGCAAGAACAUCGACUUAAGCAAACCGAGUUUCCUGCGCUCUAUGUGGUCAUGGUUGAAAGAACAGGUCUGCUGCUCUUCCCACCCGUUCCUUGUUGAUGAGAAUAUCAGUCUAAAAGGUCAACUCCUGAUUAAUUACCGCAUCGCUAACAGCCUGUCACGAUACUGUGCGUAUCUGCUGGUUUAUCAGUCCGAACUGUUGCCGGACAGUUUUAUUACGCCUGAAUGGAUAUUUGAGACAACCUUAGAGUAUGCUUGCAACAACCUCAAAGAUUGUGAGUCAACAAAAUGUAGGUAUGACACGUUGAUGGCAAUAGCACAGGAAGCAGUGCAGGACAGUGAGCUUGGGAAGCUGGCUAUGAACAUAGUGCAGCAGGGUGCUAUGUUAGCCAAGGACCUGAUCGACAACGAGGAUGAAGAGAAUCGUUGGGACAUUCUUGCAGGAGUGUGGACCAAACUACUGGUGCACAUUGCCCCCAGUUGGAAUGCAGAAGCCCACAAGAAUGGCCUCGAGUCCGGAGGCGAGUUAAUAACUCUCAUAUGGGCAUUACUUUGGCACUGCGGCGUCGCCAAGAGCAGCAUGUGGGAUGAUGAUAGAGCACCCGAAAGCACUGCUCAAGCACCUCAGGAAAAUACUACUGAAACAAGAAACACUCAGUUUGCUGACGAACAAGGUAAUGAGGAUGAGACUCGAAUCUCAGAAAAGCACGAGGCAAGCAUUUUAGGAGGGAAUGGGAUUCCAGAAAUGCCCGGACUGAGACAGAGGAGCAAGCCCAAGUCGAGAAUGGAGCAAGGAGCACCGUAUCUCCAAGUAAGUCCAUGAAUCUUGUGGACUAAACGCUUGGUUUAUUUCAGAGCCUAUACGGGCAAGUUCCCUGGAUCUGGACUCGGAUAUCACGGCUAAUGGGACAUAUGGAUCGUUGAAGCAAGGAAACAGCCUUGGUCAGGGAGGACUGCAUCAGAGGUGAAGGAAACAACUACCUGUAGUUUGCAAUAUACUAUGUGUGAAACUAUGGUUUGGAUCCUCAAUUUGCUUCUGGCCUGUUGUUUAUGGCCGUGCAUGUUUUUGCCUAUGAUUCUGUAUCUGUAUGUGUUUCCUGUAUUUUCUUAUUGACCUCCUGUACGGGAUGAACUUCAAUUAUUGUGCUAUCAGAAUCCUUGGUUUAUUCAGUUAUAAACUUUGAUAA